GCCUUCUCUUUCCUCCCCUGCUCGCCAACCCGACACAGCCCAUCCGCAGCGCGUCGCGGCAAGCGAGCGACAACUCAGGAAGAAGAAAAAGGAAACCCGAGGGAAGCGGGCGCGACCUGCGCACGACGACCACCGCCUCGCCCCCAUUCCUCGCCUCCCGUCGAGUGGAAUCCCUUGGACUCCCGCCCCCGACCCCGCGCGUCGCCGCGGCGCGCCUUGCCGAACUGCUCCACCGGCCGACCUGCCUCCUCAGGUCUCCAACCGAGGAGGAGGGGAGCUGAGCAUAAGAAGCUAGAUUUGAAAGGAAGCCAUGAAGAAAGUGUUCGAUCAAACGGUCCGGGACUUAAAAAGAGAGGUGAAUAAGAAGGUCCUCAAGGUGCCUGGAAUAGAACAAAAGAUUCUUGAUGCCACAAGCAACGAGCCAUGGGGCCCACAUGGAUCUCUCCUGGCUGACAUUGCUCAAGCCACGCAGAACUAUCAUGAGUAUCAGAUGAUCAUGAAUAUUGUGUGGAAGAGGAUCAAUGACACUGGUAAAAAUUGGCGGCAUGUUUACAAGGGUUUGAUUGUCUUGGAUUACCUGGUGGCUCAUGGUACUGAGCGAGUUAUUGAUGACAUUAGAGAGCAUGCUUAUCAGAUAUCGGCACUUGCUGACUUCCAGUAUAUUGAUUCUGCUGGGAGAGAUCAAGGUAGCAAUGUACGACGGAAAUCCCAGAGCCUUGUUAGUUUAGUUAAUGAUAAGGAAAGAAUACAGGAAGUAAGGCAGAAAGCACUUGCUACCAGGGAUAAGUACCGGAGUGCAUUUGCCACUAGUGGAACACACAGGAGCCCAGGUGGAUACGGUGGUGGUUAUGACAAUGAUCGCUAUGAAGGUGGUAGAUACGAUAACAGAAAUGGAUAUGGAAGGGAAAGAGAAUAUGGAUAUAGGGACGAUGACAGAUAUGGUGGUCCUGGAGAUACACCCAAUCGGGAAGGAGAUCGUUAUUCCAGGGAUUCUAAUGAACGCUAUGGUAGAGAUUAUAGAGAAGAUGAAUUUAAAGGAAGUGGUAGCAACCAUGAAUAUGCUGAAGGAUCAGGUCGCAGGAGCUAUGGUCGAGAGAGGGAUUCAUAUGGGGAUGACGAAGCUUAUUCAUCCCGUGGCCGUGGCAACAACGCUGAUGGGACUACUCAGGAUGAGAGGCCUAUAGAACGAAAGCUUUCUAACCAGCAGAUUGCUUCACCACCACCAAACUACGAAGAUGUUACAAGAGAUGGCCAGGAUAAGCUUCAUGAUGAUAGAAAUGGAGCAAGUGUGCCAGCUGCUGUACCAAAGGUGUCAUCUCCUUCUGUUUCUAGAACAACUGUUCCUGCAGGACAGGUGAAUUGUGUUCAUGAUAAUGCUGUCGAAGAUGUACCUGCACCACCAGCUGCUCAUGCUGAACCUAAUGGAUUUGAUGAGUUUGACCCACGUGGAUCAAUACCAGAUUCUUCCCCUGCAGUGAACCCCUCACCAGUGGUGAAUAGCUUGGAGAUGGAUUUAUUUGGAUCUGAUCCUAUGAGUUCGCUAGCUUUGGUAUCUGUGCCUCAACCGACUACCACAGCAAAUGUUGAGCCACCAACAAAUUCAGGUUUUGAGACGAAUAGUUUCAUGGGCAUGCCACCGACUUCCACUGGAUUCGGCGAGAUUGAUGCUUCAAAUCCUUUUGGGGAUCCUACUCCUUUCAAGGCAGUUCAUGAAGAAAGUCCGGCAGUUUCUCAGACAAAUGCUGCACCUGCUGGUUCUUUCCAGGCCACCAGACCUGGUGCAGAUGCAAACCCUUUCCAGCCUGCUUCAGUCGCAAGCUUUGGUUUUGGAGAUACUCUUGGUGAUCCCACUUUUGCGUCUAGUGUUGCAUCUGAACAGCAAGAUAUUUUUGCAAACACAACCUCCUUGCCUUCAGAAGUAUCACCUGCAAAUCCAUCUGCGGUUCCUCAACAGUCAGUUCAAACUUAUGUUCCCUCUCAGGCACCUCAGCCUGCAGUUGCUGGCCCAUCACCUGUUACUCACGCUGCUCCCACAACAUUUUCUCCUCAAGCACCUCAAGCAAUGGCACCAAAUCCACAUGCAAUUCCUCAGGCUGUUCGCACGUUUACUUAUUUGCAAGCACCUCAUUCUGCACCCGCCAACUCGUCUCCAAUUCCUCAGGCUGUUCCCACAUCAUUUGCUCCUUCACAGGUUCCUCAACCGGCAGCAGCACCCAAUCUGCCAUCAGGCCAGUCGAACUUUUUUAUGCAACCGGCAUCAGGGGCUGGUAUUGAUAGCUUGUCUGGGGUUCCUACACAGAAUGGAGCGCCAUCCUACUUUCCUUCACAGCCUUCUCAACUCACAGCCCUGGCAAAUCAACAACUAUCUCAGCCAAACUUCCUCCCACAAACUGGGACAUCAGCUCCACAGCCAGCUUUGAUUUCUCGGGGGUCAUCUCAGCCUCUUGGUGUGCCAAAUUCAAUGCCUUCUGGUGCCAACUUUUCAUUGCAGUUAAGUUCAGCAUCUCCCCCAGAAACAAUCAUCUCGGCUUUGCAAGUUAGUCAGACUGAGCCAGUGAAGAAAUUCGAGCCCAGAUCUACAGUUUGGGCAGAUACAUUGAGCCGAGGUCUAGUCGAUCUGAAUAUUUCUGGACCAAAAGCAAAUCCACAUGCUGAUAUUGGAGUUGACUUUGAUUCAAUCAAUCGCAAGGAAAAACGGCAAGAAAAGAAAACCAAUCAACCGCCUUUGGUGUCUACAGUCACCAUGGGCAAAGCCAUGGGAGCUGGUUCCGGCAUUGGGCGGGCUGGUGCGGGUGUCGUGGCACCUCCUUCCAACCCAAUGGGUGCAGGCAGGGGCAUGGGUAUGGGUGCCGGUUAUGGUGGCGGAAUGGGAAUGAACCGGCCAAUGGGGAUGGGAAUGGGAAUGGGGAUGAUCCAACAACAACCGAUGGGAAUGGGAAUGGGGAUGAUCCAACAACAACCGAUGGGGAUGAACCAGGGGAUGCCGAUGCGGCCUCCUAUGGGGAUGGGUCCUGGUGGAAUGCCCGGUGGUGGCUACAAUCCAAUGGGUACCGCAUACGGUGGUCAGCAGCCAUAUGGUGGGUACAGGUGAGAUCAUACUGUACCACAGAUUAUGCAGCAAGGGGCUGAGAAACAGUUUAGAAGGCAUGUGUAUUUUGCUCACCUGGUUUUGCUUUGUGUAUGAUUUCUUUCUUUCCUUUUGAGGGGUGGGGAGGGUGGGUAUAAUUUUCGUCACUAUUCUUUUACAAUCCAUGUUGGAUACUGUACCUACUAAAUACCAGAAAUGUGAAGGAAGGCAACUACCGUGUUGUGUUAUUACAAUCUCGGAUGUAGUUGUAUAAUUUGCUAUAGGCUGCUUUUUCAGUAAACAUAUGUUAUUUGUUUCAGCAUUCUUGCUGGAUGUACAAUAAAAAGCUGUAGCAUUUGGUUGA